AUGGAGGACGAUCGAGCUGAGGUAGAUCUGGGCAUCGCAGCCGACAUCGAGGCCUCGCAGGCGCCGGAGCCCGUGGUUAGGCAGCCCAAGAAGAGGUUCGUUGGAAGGAGAACUGCUACAGAGGCUUCUUCCAAGAGCGGAGCAGGGAAUUCUAUCGAGGAUGCUGGGGCCAUUCAAGAAAUUUUGAAUGAUCCGGAACUCAAGUCAGCCAUGUCUCUACUGCCGGGUAACUACUCCUUUGAGAUUCCUAAGACCAUCCACCGCAUCCGCACGCUCGGCGCGAAGAGAGUGGCUCUACAGAUGCCCGAAGGUCUUCUCAUGUUUGCCACCACGAUCUCAGACAUUUUGACGCAAUUCUGUCCCGGAAUUGAGACGCUCAUCAUGGGCGAUGUGACAUACGGUGCCUGCUGCAUAGAUGACUAUACGGCGCGAGCUAUGGGCUGUGACCUGUUGGUCCAUUAUGCGCACAGCUGCCUCAUACCUGUGGACGUGACCAAGAUCAAGACUCUGUAUGUAUUUGUCGAUAUUAGUAUCGAUACAUCACAUCUGCUUGCGACGCUGGAGCGCAAUUUCAGUCCCGGAAAGACCAUUGCCAUGGUGGGGACGAUCCAGUUCAACGCCACCAUACAUGGCAUACGUUCAACACUCGAAAAGGCUGGCUUCAAAAUUAUUGUCCCGCAGAUAGCGCCGCUAUCCAAGGGCGAGAUAUUAGGGUGCACGUCUCCGAACCUCGCGACCUAUGCUGCCGAUAGUCCUGUUGACCUGAUACUCUAUCUUGGCGAUGGACGUUUCCAUCUCGAGAGCAUAAUGAUACACAACCCAGAUAUACCGGCGUACCGGUAUGAUCCGUACUCGCGCAAGCUGACGCACGAGACAUACGGACAUGAUGAGAUGCAAGAUCUGCGGCGGGAUGCAAUCCGGACAGCGAAGAGUGCGAAGAAAUGGGCCUUAGUAGCCUUAGAGGAGCGUGAGGAUUGGGGAAAGGGUGUCUAUCCUAUGGACUACUAUGGAAAGGAAGGUCUUGGGCGCACAAAACCUGUUGUCAGUCUAGUGGGGGCUAAUUGA